AUGAAAGACAUGUGCACCAUUUGUAAUACUACUGCAGGCAUUUUAAAAUGUCAAGGAUGCAAUCUCGUAUUUUGUCGUAAUGACUUUGAUUUACAUCGAGCUAAACUCGAUCAAGACCUUGACAUCUGUGCGGAUGAAUUAAAUACGUUUCAAAGCGGAUCAGGUGAACAAUAUAAUAGUUUAGAACUGAUGCUGAGUGGCAAAAUCAAUACUUGGGAAUUGAAAUCAAUUCAAAAGAUACAACAAGAAGCACGCCAGCAGGUUCAAACUUUAAUCGCCUUGAGCAAUGAAAAGACCACAUCUUGUGUGCAUAAAAUCACACAAGAGUUACAACAAGAUCGGCAAAAUCAUGGUUUCGAUGAGCGAGAUUUAAAUAAAUGA